AUGACACAACCAUUAGUCCCCAACUCCUUUCGAUCCGAGUGGGCAUUCUCAUCGCCACAUGCUCCAUCACCACAUCCACCACCAACAAUAAGAAGAGCAACAAACUCGUUAUCUUCAGUAGCACCAAAUUCAUCUCAAUUUCCUACACGACCGUCGCAGCUCGCUCAAUCCCAAUGGUCAUAUUUAUCGCAAGAAGCAAUAGUACCACACCAGCCAUGA